AUGGCACGGUCGGUUCCAGCCGGAAGUUCAAACGUAGGUUCCAGACAUUGCCUGACCGUUUCCUGCAAACUUCGAGCUGGAAACGGUCAGGAACUGAUCCGAUAUUUCUUGUGCAAUUCCGGCGGCAAGGAACCUGCUGGAAUCGGCGAAAACUGUGCCGGAAUUGACUCAGAUUUUAACAGCUCCAGUCGCCGGAAUGAUCGACCUGGGAAUAUGAAAACGACGAAAAUGUUAAAUCCAUUUAGGCAAGAGAAGAAAAUCGGAUCCUAG